GUGGAUGAAAAUAUGGAAAUUAAAACUGGGAGCUCCAAUAAUUGGAGACUUUUUAAUACGUCUUGCAUUGAGAACAAAGAUGAACUUGAAGAGAAAUUUGAACGUUGUCAUGGUGUGCUACAGGGACUUACUGCUGGUUUGUCGGAAAAGGAAGCACAUGAUACAUUAAAUAACGCAGUUUGUAAGGAUAAAACACACGAAGAAGUAUCCUUGGGUCUUUUAGUUGUUAUUUUAACUGACCCACAAGAUGCAACUAAAAGUUAUCGUGAUUUAACAUUAAUUACACGUGAUGGACUGGCUAUUGUACUAAGUCAUUUAAAUCAAUUAGUGCUUGAGCGGUAUUUAAGAUUAAAUGAUACAACACGUAGUCAAUUAUUGUGGUUGUUACGUGAAUUAAUAAGAACAAACAUUGCUGGUGUUGAUAAUUUAUGUUUGAGUUUAUUGAGACACGCUGCUGGUGGUGAUAUUUCACCUAGGAAUAUUUAUUUAGUUGAAGCAUUACUUGAUAUUUUUCAAGACAAUCGACCCUGGGUAGGAAAUUUUCCUUAUUUAGUUGCUUUUAUUGUUUAUACUUAUUUACGGUUAAUUGAAGAUCAUAGUGCUCCUCAUUUACAACAAUUGAGGGCUAAGGAGGUUACUUUUACUGUUACGUUAAUCAGAGAACAUAUUGUUGACUGUUUACUUAUUGGGAGAGAUCUAGUACGUUUAUUACAAAAUGUAGCAAGAUUACCAGAAUUUGAGAGCCUUUGGCGUGAUUUAUUAACAAAUCCAAGAUCACUAAAUCCAAAUUUAACCGGGGUACUGCAAUUAUUACAAACACGUACAUCACGUCGUUUUUUACAAUCACGCUUAACUCCCGAUAUGGAGCGUAAACUAGUAUUUUUAACAGCAAGCGUACGUUUUGGCAAUCACAAACGUUAUCAAGAUUGGUUUCAACGGCAAUAUUUAGCAACGCCAGAAUCGCAAUCAUUGAGAUGUGAUUUAAUAAGAUUUAUUGUUGGAGUAAUACAUCCAACAAAUGAAUUAUUAUGUUCAGAUAUUAUUCCACGUUGGGCUGUUAUUGGAUGGUUGUUAACUACUUGUACGUCAAAUGUUGCUGCCAGUAAUGCUAAAUUGGCGUUAUUUUAUGAUUGGUUAUUUUUUGAUCCUGAAAAGGAUAAUAUUAUGAAUAUUGAACCAGCUAUACUUGUUAUGAAUAAUUCAAUGAGAUCACAUCCUGCUACGAUGGAACGAAUUGUCCAAAUGAUUCUUGAAGAUGAUUUAGGUGUAGAUUCAAUUACACCACUUGCUAAUUGUCUAUCGACAAUUUUAGCCUCUGAAAUAACUUCUGAUAUAUUUCCUUCGAAUAAUUUAAAUGAUGAAGCAUUAACGGACAGUAUAAGUACUCCAAUAUUUGUAAUGUUCCGUAAUUAUUUUCAAUUGUGCAAAGAAGAAGAUAGUAGAAAAAAAUUCCUGGGUCAUAUGUUGGCAGAGUUACAAAAUUUACAACCAUCAAUUGGAUAUUUAUUGCUGUAUUUUUUAAAAGUUUGGGGUCGUGAGGAGGAAAAACGUGAAGGAUUAGCAUCAAAUAUUACCAAUGAAGUAAAAGCUGCUGUCUAUAAAGAUUUUUCUCACCAUCGAAAUAAAAAAUUAGAAGCUUGUUUGUUGGAUGAUUUAAAAAAUUGCCAUCAAGAUAAUGUACUUCUGUUGUGUUAUCUUGUACCAGAUGUGUUUAUGGGCUUUCAAAAUAUCGCACUGGGCAAUGCAACUCUUCUGCACUUAGUGGUCAGUACUGUUGACUCUUGUCAGUUGCAAGACCUAGUGUGUCAAAUACUCCAAGGACAAUUAAAGAUGCUGGAGAAAGAUUCUUUUAAUGGCUUGCUUAUGAAGAGUCUGGAGUGGGAAACUUUUGAACAGUAUUGCUUUUGGCAACUUAUUACUGCUCAUGAUUUUCCAAUUAAAUAUGUCCUUCCAGUGGUUCCUAAACUGCAAUUUAAAAAUCAUGCGGAAGCUAUGACAGCGAUAUUACCAACACUGGAAUUAUUACGUCAAUUAUUUACUCGUCAAAAUAAUGAUGGUGAUACAUUUGUCGUAGCGGCACUUCGUUAUUGGUGUAGAGAUUAUGAAGACAAAUUAGGUGAACUAUUGGCUAAUUUAUUGAGCACACGUUAUCCCGCAACAAGUCCAAAUAAACGGAAACGCGCCGGCGCUAAACAAAAUCAACAGCAGUCUGGACCACCCACUGGAGAACAAGUAUUAGGUCAUUUAGAUCAAUUACGACAACAUUGCCGUGCGUCUUCAGAUUUACAAUUGUAUCAAACUGAAGGAAUGCAAAAAGCACUUCAACAAGCUCAAGCUGCUAGUAGCGAUAGUUUAAGAAAGAGCUAUGGUGAUUUAUUUGCACUCGCUGAAGUUAAUGAAGAAAAUGAACCACCUCCUCCACCACCUACAUCUUCAUCACGUAAACACACUGCAUCGGCUACCGGAUCUUCGAAGACUGGAGCUGGUCAUAGAAAAAUUAUUUCUACUAGAGAAAGAACAGCCAGUAAACGGCCGCCUCCUAGAGACCACUUUAGUUGA